CGGCGGUGGGGGUCCAUGUCCGGGCUGCGCGCGCUGCUGGGGCUGGGGCUGGGGUUGGGGCUGCUGGGGUCCGGCGCGCGCUCGUCGGCGCGGGGGCUGCUGGGGCCCGGCGCGCGCUGCCCGGCGCCGGCCUGGGGCGGCGCGCGCUGGGCGGGCGCGCGCCAGGGCGGGCCGGGCCCCGCCGCCAUGAUGAAAUACCUCAGCCAGCAAGAGGCGCAGGCCGUGGACCAGGACCUGUUCACCGAAUACCGAUUCAGUGUGGACCAGCUGAUGGAGCUUGCCGGGCUGAGCUGUGCCACCGCCAUCGCCAAGGCCUACCCCCCUGACUCCUUCCCCAGCAGCCCCCCAACCGUCCUGGUCUUGUGUGGUCCCGGGAACAAUGGAGGAGACGGCCUGGUCUGUGCACGCCACCUCAAGUUGUUUGGCUACGCGCCGACGGUGUAUUACCCCAAGAGGCCGAGCCGGCCGCUCUUUGAGGGCCUGGUGACCCAGUGUGAGAAGAUGGAGAUCCCCUUCCUCGCCGACAUCCCCCCCGAGCCCGCGCUGGUCGAUGAACUCUACGGCCUCGUGGUCGACGCCAUCUUCGGCUUCAGCUUCGCGGGUCCCGUGCGGGCACCGUUUGCUGACGUCCUGCAGGUCCUGGCCAAGGUGACGGUGCCCAUUGCCAGUAUCGACGUCCCCUCGGGCUGGGACGUCGAGAAGGGCAGCGCGGAAGGCCUGCAGCCGGACCUGCUGGUCUCCCUCACUGCCCCCAAGAUGUCCGCCCGCUUCUUCACCGGACGCUACCACUACUUGGGGGGCCGCUUCGUCCCCCCGGCCCUGGCCGAGAAGUACCAGCUGGCCCUGCCCCCGUACCCGGGCACCGACUGCGUCCUGCGCCUGAGCUGAGGUGGGCCGUGCCGCCGCCCCUCCUUUUCUCCGCACCCGGCGUGGGAUCCGGCCGCCAGUGACCGUGCACUAAUCCGUUUAAUAACAAACUCAGAUUUGGAAAUGA